UGCAGUCUCUUUUCUUCUUUCCUUUUCACAUUUUUCAUCCAGCUCACGGAAAAGAGAUUAGGAGAAGGACGUGAUUUAUAAUUAGUUUUGCUUCCUAUUCGAGCGGAGCCAUGAUGUUACCGCUAACGGGGUUUGUCCUCUGGUCCCCUCACAGGUGGUUUGUAAUGGGCCCCGCUCGCUCCGGCACUGGCAUCCACAUCGACCCACUGGGCACCAGUGCCUGGAACGCCCUGGUUCAGGGACACAAGAGGUGGUGUCUGUUCCCCACCAACACGCCCCGUGAGCUGAUCAAGGUGACCCGAGAGGAAGGGGGCAACCAGCAGGACGAGGCUAUCACCUGGUUCAACGUGGUGUAUCCCCGGACGCAGCAGCCCAGCUGGCCUCCAGAGUUCACACCGCUGGAGAUCCUCCAGAGACCCGGGGAGACCGUUUUUGUGCCUGGCGGGUGGUGGCACGUAGUCCUCAACAUGGAUACGACCAUCGCCAUCACUCAGAACUUCGCCAGCACGACCAACUUCCCCAUCGUGUGGCACAAAACCGUCAGGGGGCGACCCAAACUCUCUAGGAAGUGGUACCGGAUCUUGAAGCAGGAGCGCCCCGACAUGGCAGUGCUGGCGGACAAAGUGGACCUGCAGGAGUCGACCGGCAUCGCCUCAGACAGCUCCAGUGACUCGUCUUCAUCGUCCUCCUCCAGCUCCUCUGACUCCGACUCUGAUGCCGCCUCGGGCUCCGAGGGCGACCCCGUGUCCCAUCGCAAGAAGAAGAGACGCACCUGCGGCACCGUGGCCAACGGAGACACCAGCAGCAAGGACGACUGCGUCAGCAAGGAGAGGAGCUCAUCGCGGUGACCUCCGACCUCUGUCACACACACACACACAGAAAAAGCUGCUUCCUUUGUUGUUUUAGGUCUGAAGCGAAGGAGACCUGUCACCACUGUGCUUUCAAUCAAUGUUUGUGUCUGUACAGAGAGAUUAUCUGCAGUAAACACUCUGGGGAAGGUUAGGAGCGUGACACACGGUUUUAAAAGUCUCCCAGCUGCUCUCUCAUGUGAGAAAUAAAGGGACGAGAACAUUUCUGUAACUGUAAAACAUGACAUCCAUCCACCAGAGGAGAGAAAACACACUUCCUUUAAGAAAAAUAAAUAUCAACAUUUCUGAAGUGUUUGAUAAUCAAUAGUUAUGUGGAUAUGAGGGAGUGGAUAAAGGCAAAUAAUGAUUGGUAAAUUCAGAAAUGUUAAUCUAAAUAAAAUAAUUCAGCUUUACAACAAUGAAAAGACCCCACUUAUAUUACAAUAUCCAAAAUAUAAAACAAUAUCUAAUCUCAUAUCACAUUAUUGAUAUUUUGCCAAGCCCUCUUAUGGACCAACUUCACAAACACACAUUUCAGUACACCAUAUUAAAGGCCAACUUUAACCUGGACUCUAUUUCCCAGUGUUUAGGUGAGUUACGGGGACAGUUUUGAGUGGGAGCGCUGCAGCUGCUAAAGGCGCAAACCUUUAUCAAUAAAUAUCCUCUAAAGCUGCAUUUCUCCCACACGGUACGGCUUCACUCACAGAACUUCUUUUUCACUUGAAGAUUGUACAUCCUUAGUCAAGGCAUGUUUGCCAGCUGCAUUAAAUACAAUUACCUGUUUGUUACCUGUGAUGCACUAACGACGGUUCUCUCAGACCAACCAGUCGUCUGUGGAAUCUUUUACGUGACUAUUUAGAGAAAACAUACAAAUAAGUCUAGUGAGUCGCUCCAUGCAGUGGAAAUGGUUCUUUAAUGUGUUGGUUUUACCCCCCGACACACUCAUAUUGUUACUAUACAUGUCUAAUAUCAUUAUGAAAAGGAGCCUACAAAAAAAUGUACUUACUUUUUCUUUUUACUUGAUCCAAGUAAAAAAAACUCGUAAAAUUACCUGAGAUUCCCAACAAGACUGUUUCUUGAGAAAUUAGGGUCCAUUUUGAAAAUCCUAGAGAAUAUUGUGAUAUGAGAAGCAGAGUUUGGCUGUUAGCCAAUCACGUUAUCACUGGGAAACUAGAGACUCGCUAAAGCAAAACAAAAAAAAAGCACUUCUCUAAAUGCUGUUUGUGCGUAUAACUGGUGGUUUUUCCUUAGAAUGGUUGGAGUUUGUGUCGCUCCUCUACCCGCCUUGGUGAUUAACCUUCACAUUGAGAAGUGUGAUUCAGUCAGCCAGCCUUAAAGAAAUGAAACGUUUAAAGGAAAUGUGCGCAUGUAAGAAUGGUUAAUUCUGUAUGAAAUACAGCAGAGAAACGGCUAAUUGAAAACGUUUCUGCCAUCUUCAUGUUCUGCCUGCUUUGUGCCAAAAUGCUGCAGAUGGGAGAAACUGUCGCUAAAUGUUGAGGCUAAUCGUUUUUAUGGAGUCGCAAAAAAAAAUCAGCAGAGGGCACUACGUUAACUGCUGUGUUUUGUUUUAGUUUAUCAAUCAGUUUGUGCAUCUUGUUAAGAAUAGAAGAAGAAGCUAACUAAUUGAUGAUGCAGAUUCAACACCACAUCCAAUAUCAACAAAUAAAUAAUUUGAUGUAUUGAUUAGCUGUUGAUUAGAGCUGAAACGUUAGUCAACAGACAUAAAAUUUAUUAGCAACAAUCAAUUAAUUGCUUUGGAUUACUCUAAGGCAAAUAUGGCAAAACGCAUCUCGGUCUGCUUCUAAAAUGGGACUAUUUAUCGAUUUCCUUCUCUUCUAUGGUGGCAAACUGAAUCUCUUAGUUGAGGACUACAAACAAGACAUUUAAGAUGUCACCUGGACCUCUUGGAACACAUUUCUUUUUAUAACUGCUGCCUUUCUACAUAAACAAGAUUAUAAAUAAAAUCAUCAGCUUUGAAAGCCAAUACCUGCUGAGAUUGAGUUCAUCAAGUCAUUAUUAUGUAAGAAGCAAGCAGAGAAGGUUAAAUAGUUUACUGAAAGUGUUUAUGAAUUGUUUCAACAUGCAUGUUCUGUCUCCUAAACUAAAGCCACGGGGGGGGGAAAUAAACAAAAACAGUCUAAACAUGUAGAAUUCCUGUUUUGUUUAAAAAAGUCUAUCAAAGAUACUGCAUUCAUGCCCACUUUUAUAUGAUUAAUAAUGUUAAAUAACGUGCAGUUCAAAUCCGUUUCACACAACAUGUAGGAAAGACUAAGCAAGCCACACACCAUCGAGAAAAAAAAGCAGUCGAUUAAUACAAAAUGCUGAAAAUAGUCAGGUUGCAGAAUUAUUUAAAGAAAACAUCUUGAUUUGUUAUUAAACAUCAGAAAACAGUUAACGUCUUUAAAUGUCUUUUCCGCAACACCCAAACAUUCAGUUUACUGAGAUUUGAACUGUUUUUUGCUUGAAAAAUGACUUGGUUUUGUGAACAGUUUCUGAUUAAAAAAAAAUCUCUUGAUCCACGCCUGGAAUCUACGCUUGAGUGAAACGUUUGAAGCUUUUCUACAAAUCCUUUAAAAAGAGCUGUAAAAUGUUGCUGUAGACUAAAGUGCCUCUAAAGAAAAUGUGUAAGUUUGUCUGUCUGUCUGUUGGGAGGUUUCUGUUUUUUAUUUGUUUUUAAACUAAUGUGAAGGCACCGUGUUGGUCCCUGAGGUCGCUCACAUGGUGCCUUUAGGUUCUCUGAAUCCUGUCUGCAAUGUUAAUAAAGUAAAUCUGAGGAGCUCAGAUAGACCUUGAGGUGAUAAAUGUAAUUUCUUUCGUCAAUAAACUAUUUUCUAUGACUCGAAA